CUCUUUGUUCGCUCAAAUGUGAUAAUGAUUAUUACCUCUAGAUCACUCUUCAAUCAUCAUCAGGCCGGGUUUUACCCCUCUAAGGCUAUAAUCAAUCUCAAAAUUAACCUAUACCCCUUAGCUACCCGUUUUGCUAAUAACUAAGAAGGCCCACAAGCCCAAAUUGAUUUUUUCCUCUGAGGGCGGGUACUGGGACGAGACUUAUUAUAACUUCCCAAUCAAUUUACAGGAAGCAAAUCUUCGUCUUUUUCACUUUUUUACCACAUUAUUAGAAACGAGAUCUAGCUAUGCUUCUUCUAACGGUAAAAUAGAAAAUGAAGCAUCGCAAAAAGGGUAUUUAUACGCUCCAGGCGAUGUUCUUUGCUCAUGAAAAAAAAAGACUUUUCGCUAGGCUAAAACGCACUGAACAAAGGCCUGCUACUUCCAUCCCCUCUAUUCAAUUCUGGGCGGUUUCUGCACCAUAAAUUAGGUUCCCCGAUAAAGUGACAAUAAUGCAGGAAAGGUUCAAUUUAUCAAUUUAUCCACCAAGAUCAUAGUUUAUUGUCAAUUUUAAUUCUACUGCCAACAUAAUUUUGAGCAAGCAUCACGCCAUUUUGUCUAUACACUACUCAAAUCGAACAAAAAGAUUACUUGUAAUUUUUUAUCGUAGUAGAUUAAGAAAAAACGAGUCCGUCUCUUCAAACGAGGACUAUUUUUCUGGCUGUUUUUAGCCAACAAUUUCAUUUCAAUUGUGGCAGACAGUAUUCUCAGACCUUCUGCUGCUUUCUGUUUACUUUCGCGUCUUUUUUUCUUCUACUUCGACUUAGUUCUACUUCAUCUAUAGUACAAGUGCCGUUUCAGCAGACAAGUAUAAAAGCAGACCAAGCUAAGUUUCAGAAAAUCUUUCAUAGAUCUGCUUUUUGUCGCCAAAAUGUAAAGAAUCUUUUCGCCGUCAUCUUUUCCAAAAUGAGAUCAUAUUAAUUAGUAUGAAAAACUUGGACAAAAAAAUUGCAAAACUGGUCUAAAAUUUAUUGAUAUCGUCCUUCAAUUACUACACCUACUGGUGAAACAAUGAGUUUAUUUUUUCUUUUACUUUGACAAUUUUGUAUAAUCAAAAACUCCAUAAAACACAAAAACAACCUGCUUUUUUAUGGCGGCUACGGUAUAUUUUUUGAAAAAAAGUGCUCAAGGAUUCUAUCCUUAAUACCCGGUCUGUUCAUUGUGUGAGGUACUUAUCAUAAAUAAUGUAGGCGAUUAUUUCUCAUGGACCAAUUAAAACGAAGGAAAAAAAGAGGAAGUAAAAACUCGAAAAACGCAAGUUCCUUUCAUAGUCAUUGACGUGAAACUAAAUUUACCUUUUCGCUAAAUUGGCAUUGCGUGGUUUAAAUUGCUGCUGAGUCUUUCUAUCUAACUGAAGGUUCUCUGCUCCGAGGAAAAACAUCAUUUUCAUUCCAAUUCAUUUACACGUUUAAAGUAUUUUAACCUUAUAAACGACCGCAAACCCUGUUCUUAAUACCCUUUCUAAAAGGAGUAGUUUAGGGCGGAAUUUGUUGCCAUUAAUAGAUUUUUUGUUCGCAGUUUGAACCCAUUUCCCGCUUCCAAGCAGUAGUUGCAAAAUUUUAUAGCUAAUUUAUACGACCAGCUAAUUCUGCUGAUUGAAUUCGUCUUUCACCAAGUGGCCAUUAAGUGUGAGCUGAAACACCUUCAUACCGUCCCCGAGAAAAAUGGAUGCAAGACGGGGCAGUGUGCACGCACCGGCACUGGAGGCGGAGGUGUUCCGUGUGGUGUUUCUAGGAGCACCCAAAGUGGGCAAGACGAGUCUGGUGAAGAGAAUGCUGCACAACAAGUACUCCGACUCUUACUCGCCAACUGUCGAGGACAGAUACAGGCACGAGUGUAUCACCAAAGGAAUCAAGUACUGUCUAGAAGUUAUUGACACUGGGGGCUCAUGUGAGUUCCCAGCGAUGACAACUCUCGCAAUCCGAGCGGCAGACGCAAUAGUGUUCGUGUACGCAAUAGACAACCGAGACAGUUUCGAGCGACUGGAAGGUCUCCGAGAGCAAGUGUUUUCCGAGAAGGAAGAAGACGAAGUGACAGUACAUGUGCUUGCCAACAAAUCCGACUUAGAUUCAACGCGACAGGUCGCGUUCAGCGAAGCCGAGUUGAAAGUUAAAAUAGGGUGGGAUAUUUCCCUAUCGGAAGUUUCGGCCAGAUCAGGCGAAAGCCUUCAAAGCAAACUGGCUGAGAUAAUCCCGCCCACUUUUCUGACUGGAAUUGGGCCAGGCGAAGGAGGCAGUGGGAAACGGAACAGUGGAGGCAACGAUAACGGAGUGCAUAGUAGCGGAGGGAUGGGAAAGCGAAAAUCGAUAUCGGAAGCGUUGUCGAAGCCGUUCCAGUUAAUGGGAAGUCGAGCCAGUCGGAGGCGAGAUACGACAGUAGCGGACUUGGCCGCAAAUCAAUCUUCAGCUGCAAAACCCCAAGCUAGUUCACGCUUGUCUAUAGGAUAACCCAGAACAGUAAUUUUUAUGUCACUUUAUGUUUCAUGUUUCGCGGUUUUUCCCAACCCUCACAAUCCUUCGAAACUUCAUUGCAAGGAUUCGGGAAUUUGACUGCGAAUAGUUGUUGUUUGUGUUCAAAUAAAUAAUUUCAAGAAUUGCAGACGAAUUUGAUUUUGUAACAUUAAUAGCUGUGAUUUGUAAAUGUUGCAAUAUUGCGAUGUAGUGUUCCUAGAGAUUUAAUUUUAUUUUUCAUUCAGUUAAACAAGUAAUUUUGCUGCAACAACAACACAAACAAAAAGUUUGGAAAAAACUAAAAAAAUAUUGAGUUGUAUGUUUAUAGUAACAUUUCCUAAAUUACUUUUUUUGUUUCGAAUCUCGAGAAUCAUUUUACGAACAAUUCUUUUCUAUAUUUUAGGUGCUGCUUUUCAAUCGCUAUUCAGAGUCAUAUUAAGUUAGAGUUAACGUAUUUUCUGUUUCUGAUCAGCCAGUUUGUAGCUUACUUCUAAACUUCAGUUUGGUUUUUGAGUUAAAAUGUCUACAUCAAUUUCGUAUCAGACUUUGCAUCCCAAAUAAUGUCGGAAUAUCAAUUGAUAAAAUUAUUUUCUGA